AUGUUCAGUCCAUUUCGUUCUCUCUCGCUCGUUCUCUCUCUCCCGUUCUCUCUCUCCCGUUCUCUCUCUCCCGUUCUCUCUCUCCCGUUCUCUCUCGCUCGUUCUCUCUCUCCCAUUCUCUCUCCCGUUCUCUCUCGCUCGUUCUCUCUCUCCCGUUCUCUCUCUCCCGUUCUCUCUCUCCCGUUCUCUCUCUCCCGUUCUCUCUCUCCCGUUUUCUCUCUCUCGUUCUCUCUCUCGUUCUCUUUCUCGUUCUCUCUCGUUUUCUUUCUCUCUCGUUCUCUCUCUCUCUCUCUCUCUCUCUCUCUCUCUCUCUCUCUCUCUCUCUCUCUCUCUCUCUCGUUCUCUCUCUCUCUCGUUCUCUCUCUCUCUCUUUCUUUCUCUCUCUCUCUCUCUCUCUCUCUCUCUCUCUCUCUCUCUCUCUCUCUCUCUCUCUCUCUCUUUUGUCCACGCUGUACCUCCUCUCCCUCCCUUCCCCCUUCUCCGCCUUUCCGCGCUGCUUCCUUCCCCGAUCUCGCCGCGAUGGAUGCGAUGGCGGCUCGCCUGCAGAGCUCCUUCGAUGAGGUGCUCGCCUCUGCCUCGCUGCUCGUGGAGGCUGCUUCUUCCGCUCCUCGUGGUGGUGCGCACUCAGGCUCCAGUGCGCCACGCAGUGAGGUGGCGAUAGCAUCAGCGCUGGAGGUGUUUCAGAGCCGAGUGGACCUCUUUCAAUCCGCCUGCGACCGGGCUCAGCAGCAAGUGGACACAGCAAGGCACCGGCUGCUGUCAGAAAGCCUGGUGGACGAAGCAAGAGGCGCAGCAAUUGACACGUCUGCCGUGGGUGCAGCCGGAGGAGAGGGGGAGGUGCAGAUGAUGCUGGGAGCAACUCGGUUGGAGCAGAGGAAGGUAGUGAGAGCCAUGGUGCAGGACCAGCAGCACAGGCAUGCAGUGAAGAGCUGA